AUGCCAGCAAAGAAAGGGCCGCCGCAGCCGGGGGAUAUCCCUGAUCGAGUGGCAUUGAAAAAGGAGAUUGGUCUGACCAGCGCCUGUGCUAUUAUUGUGGGUAAUAUCAUCGGUUCUGGGAUCUUCAUCUCCCCUAAAGGGGUCCUGGAACAUGCAGGUUCUGUGGGACUGGCUCUCAUUAUCUGGACGCUCGCUGGCUUCAUCACCGUUAUUGGUUCCCUGUGUUACGCCGAGCUCGGAGUGACAAUCCCCAAAUCAGGAGGGGACUACGCCUAUGUCAAGAGCGUGUUUGGAGGAUUACCAGGAUUCCUGGUGCUGUGGAGUGCCCUGAUGGUCAUAUAUCCCACCACCCAAGCUGUGAUGGCUUUGACAUUCUCCAGUUAUGUUCUGCAACCUGUCUUUCCUGCUUGUGUGCCUCCUUAUAUCGCCUCGAGACUCCUGGCUGCAGUCUGCCUCUUGCUGCUGAGCUGGGUCAACUGUUUCAGCGUCCGAUGGGUGACCCGGGUGCAGGAUCUCUUCACUGCUGGAAAACUCCUGGCCCUUGGACUCAUCAUCGUCAUGGGGUUUGUGCAGAUCUGUAAAGGUCAUUAUGAAUUCUUGAAGCCCAGCGUUGCUUUUGAUAGUCAGACGACUCCUGGGGUUGGACACAUUGCCCUCGCUUUCCUCCAGGGCUCCUUCUCCUACAGUGGCUGGAACUUCCUCAACUAUGUGACAGAAGAAUUAGUCGAUCCAUGCAGGAAUAUUCCCCGUGCCAUCUUCAUCUCCCUCCCACUGGUGACCUUUGUUUACGUCUUCUCCAACGUGGCCUAUGUAACGGCCAUGAAUCCCCAGGAGUUGCUGGACUCAGGAGCAGUGGCUGUGACGUUUGGUGAGAAGUUACUGGGCUCAAUGCCAUGGAUUAUGCCCUUUUCUGUGGUCCUGUCAACAUUUGGAGGGAUCAACGGUUACCUGUUCACCUCAUCCAGACUGUGUUACGCAGGAGCUCGUGAAGGUCACCUGCCUAGCCUGCUAGCGAUGAUCCACAUGAAACGAUGUACUCCCAUCCCGGCACUCCUAUGCUCAUGUGUCACUUCCUUGUUGAUGCUGAUUAUCGCGGAUAUUUACACAUUGAUUAAUUACGUGGUGUUCAUUAACUAUUUGUGUUACGGAGUUACUGUAACUGCACUCCUCGUCCUCCGUUGGAAGAAGCCUAAUAUUUCUAGACCAAUUAAGGUAAAUCUCCUGUUCCCGGUUGUUUACCUGCUGUUUUGGGCCUUCCUGCUGGUGUUCAGCUUCUAUUCGGAGCCGGUGGUGUGUGGCACUGCCCUGGUCAUUAUACUGACUGGUGUUCCUGUCUAUCUGCUGGGAAUCCAAUGGAGCAAGAAGCCAAAGUAUUUCAAUGAUGUGAUUGAAUCAAUGACAUUUUCCGGGCAGAAGUUUUGUUUCGUCAUUUUUCCACAAGAGGAGAUUCCAGAAGAGAAUGGGCAGCCUCUCACCUUCAAUCAAAACAAAAAGUACCGGGAUGCAUAG